CCCUAUUAAUAACAUUGGCUUUAGCAGGCAGACUGGUAAAAUGCCAGCCAUGUUGCAAGCCACCUAAUAAGUGGGUUGGGCCUGUGACAAGUGGCUAAUGUGCUGCUGCCACCCCGGGUAACAUCUUACAGCAGAAGCCUGCAGUCUCAACCAUGACUGACCUCCAACUUGUACAUAAGCCCGCUGUCAUUUUUGAUAUUGGUUCGGGCAACUGCAAGGCUGGAAUGUCAGGUGAAGACUUACCAACAGCAGUAGUUCCUUCCGUAGUUGGACACUUAUCAGAUCGGUCAGCAAUGCUAGGAGCAGGUCAGCAGCCGUACUAUGUCGGAGAAAUGGCCAUGAGCAAAAGAGCAAUCUUAGAUCUGGUUUUUCCAAUCAAAGAGGGCAUUGUUAAAUCUUGGGACAACAUGAUAAAAAUCUGGAAAUAUUUAUACAAAUAUGAGCUUAAAAAACCAUCCAGUGAACACCCCGUCUUUCUGACAGAGGCACCUUUAAACCCUCUUAGAAACCGGCACAAGAUGGCGGAAAUCUUCUUUGAAAAUUUCAACGUGCCUGCAAUGUAUGUGUCGCAUCAAGCCAACCUGGCACUUUACGCUUCUGGCCUUACUACAGGCAUUGUAUUAGAUGUUGGAGCAGGUAUCACCCACACUGUUGCUAUUUAUGACGGCGUUGCUUUACCACAUGCGGUGUCCAAGCUGCCUGUGGCAGGUCGAACCAUCACUCAAUAUUUGAUGAAGUUGCUCACAGAAAAUGGUUACAACUUCAUCACCGCGGCGGAGAGGGAGAUUGUCCGGGACAUCAAGGAGAAACUUUGCUACAUUGCAUUAGAUCCCAGCGCCGAAUAUGAAAGGAAUCCAAAAGAUAUCACUAAAGAAUAUACUCUCCCAGACGGAAAUGUCAUUAAGAUUGACAGCCAACUCUUCCGUGCUCCAGAGGCGCUAUUCUCACCCAGUAACAUUGGGCUGGAGGCCCCCGGGGUACAGGGCCUGAUAAAUAAUAUAAUCCAGAAGUGCCCUAUAGAUAUACGUCGGGCUCUUUUAAGCAACGUUGUUUUGUCCGGAGGGUCAACUCUAUUCCCUGGAUUUGAUGAAAGGGUUUUAAGAGAACUGGAGAAGAAAGCACCGGACGGAGUUCAAAUUAAGGUCUUAGCAGCCACAGACAGGAAGUACUCUGUUUGGAUCGGUGCCUCUGUUCUAAGCAGCAUGGAUUCAUUCAAGGAGAAUUGGAUCAGGAAAUCAGAAUAUGAUGAAUUUGGUCCAUCCAUUGUCCAUCAAAAAUGACAGUAAAGUAAGGCUAAUAAACCCCCUGCACUAGCA